GGUCCAAUCCGGAACGCAGGGAGUCCCGGGCUGCUGCUCCCACUCGGACUAGUUUACCGUGCAUCUCAGCACGGCAGCGAUGGCAGCGAUCAGGACGGCCCUGAAUGGACGCUUUCUUCAGCCUCUCUCCCUGUCAUGUGGGUCGUUGCGGUUCAUCAGCUCCUCCUUCAAGGCUGCAGAUCUUACCAUAGAGAGGAACCCUGCACUGAAGCCAAAGCCAGACCCCUCAACCCUUGUGUUCGGCAAGCAGUUUUCAGACCACAUGCUGACAGUCAGCUGGUCUGAAGCAAGAGGAUGGCAGGCACCUCAGAUCAAGCCCUUCCAGAAUCUGUCCCUUCACCCUGCUUCCUCAGCCCUGCAUUACUCCAUAGAGCUAUUUGAGGGCAUGAAGGCUUUCCGGGGAGUAGAUAACCGUAUCCGUCUCUUCAGGCCUAUGCUGAAUAUGGAGCGCAUGUACCGGAGCACAGAGAGGAGCUGUCUGCCUUUGUUUGAUAAGGGCGAACUGAUAAAGUGUAUCAAUAAACUGGUUGAGAUCGACCGAGAAUGGGUUCCUUACUCCACAGACGCCAGCCUGUACAUCAGACCAACGUUUAUAGGAACUGAAGUAAGCUUCUCUGUGUCUCGAGCAGGUCAUGCUUUGCUCUUCGUCAUCAUUGGGCCUGUUGGACCUUAUUUUGCAACUGGAGGCUUUAGUCCGGUGUCAUUGCUGGCAGAUCCUCGAUAUGUCCGGGCCUGGAGGGGUGGCGUUGGAGAAUACAAGAUGGGAGGUAACUACGGGCCGACAAUUGCUGUUCAGAGUGAGGCGGCCAAGCAGAAGUGCCAGCAGGUCCUUUGGCUGUACGGAGAGAAUGAGGAGAUCACGGAGGUUGGAACCAUGAAUCUCUUCAUCUACUGGACCACAGAGAACGGAGAGAAAGAACUGGUCACCCCUCCACUGGAUGGCAUCAUUCUUCCAGGAGUCACCAGGCAGUCGCUGCUGGACCUUGCUAGAGAAUGGGGGGACUUCAAAGUGACAGAGCGCAGGGUUUUAAUGAAGGAGCUGAUAGACGCUUUAGAUGACGGACGGAUUCUGGAGGUGUUCGGUUCGGGCACUGCAUGCGUGGUGUGUCCAGUUGGCAGUCUGCUCUACAGAGGACAGACUUACCAAAUUCCCACAAUGAAGAACGGACCGGACCUUGCCAAGAGAUUCCAUAAGGAGCUCACUGACAUCCAGUAUGGACGCACUCAGAGGGACUGGGCACCGGUGAUCAUCUAACUGAUCUGACGCAGGUGUCAUGUCUAAAACCUCUCAUCUCAGGUGUUAUUCUACAGUAACAACCUUUCUAAACAGAAAACCACCUAUUAAAUGUAUGCAGUCUUUCCAAAUAUCCUUACAUGCUUGCUUGGAUAUCCAUAUGGCACAAUUUGUAGCACUAGAGAUCGUCCUUAAACCUAAGCUCAAGCGUCAUAAGCCAUAAGCAACUAUAGGCAACAAGCAAAUAUUUUCUCCUUGCAAUAGUUACUGAUCCAAUUUUCUUUUUUUUAUCAACCCAUCAUCUUUUGCUGUCUCCUAAAAUGUUAUUUUCCGACAACUUCAACUUCGACUUCUGAGAAGGUUCAGACUUCAGCAUGUAAUCAUUUUAAUGUAAAUGUUCAUUCACUGAGCUGCUUGUUUGUUUGUGUAACAGGAGAACAGACGUCACAAUUUUCUUCCUUACUAGCAAGAGGACAGAGCUAUUAAUUUUGCAUCAAUUUAAACAGUUGUUUUUUUUUUUAAAGACACUAAAUUGGUCUUUUUAAGUCCAAAUUUGUAAAGAAAGUGUAAAUGAUUGUAUAUGUCUGUUUAGAGAAGGACAACGACAAUGUGUUAUCGCCAGAUUUAGAUGAUUUAAAACCAUGAGCUGAACUUAUGCACGCACAAAGGGCUUCAGGACGGCCCAGACAUAGCAGCUCUUGAGACCACUAGAAAAGUCUUGAUGUGAUAAUCGUAGGUGAUCAUUACUAGGCUCUGUGUGUGUUAUCUAUAUGAUAUCCAGAACAACAAUGUGACCUGUAUGUACAUGUGUUUGUGAAAUAUAUGAUGUUCACUGAACAUGUAGAAUGUAUCGGUUUUAACUUAUUUCUGGUGUUGUUUUAAUGGUUAGAAUACCUAUCGUUCAUUGUGAAACCCCCCUUUUUUCUUCAUUUUAAACUUGUAUUUUAAUCCAUGCACUCCACAUCUCUUGUGUCGAAGUGCCUGAUGGAGUUGGCUGUUACUUUCUCUUUGUUGGCUGUAUCUUUCACAUUUUUACUGUGCUGAGGGGCUGCUGCUGCACUAAUGAUUGGUUUGUUUUGUUUGAAGGGUUUUUCGAGAGUAGAUGUCUUUACUUUUUCUGUUACUGUAUUUUUACAAAUAAAUUCCAUUUGCUUCCAAA